UGCGCCUCCCUCUAUAUAAAGAGAGUAAAAGCAUGGCUGGACCUGGUGGGUCUAACCCAGUGACAGGCAGUUUUUCCGUCCCUUUCUCUCGCCAAGUUUAAAUCCCAUCUUCGUUUCCCUUUCUCUUUUCUCUUUUCGUCAACUUUCCUCUCCUCUGCGUUUGCUAAUACGGGAGUAAACAUGGGAACCAACUUGCAAGCAGUCGUGUUAUCUCUGUUUAUUUCGACCAUGUUGUUUUCUCUGGUCACCUCUGCUUCCAACAAUGGCUUUGUUAGGAUUGGCUUGAAAAAGAUGAAACUGGACAAAAACAACCGGUUGGCCUCACGGCUUGAGUCUAAGGAGGCAGAGUCUUUAAGAGCUUCUACAAGGAAGUAUCAUAUCCCUAACAAUCUCGGUGACUCUGAGGACACAGACAUUGUUGUUUUAAAGAACUACUUGGAUGCUCAGUACUAUGGUGAGAUUGGUAUCGGUACUCCCCCUCAGAAUUUCACUGUAAUUUUUGACACUGGCAGCUCUAAUCUGUGGGUGCCAUCAUCUAAGUGCUAUCUCUCGGUGCCAUGUUUUUUCCAUGCUAAGUACAAAUCAAGCUAUUCGAGCACCUACAAGAAAAAUGGGACAUCUGCUGCAAUCCAAUAUGGUAGUGGAGCAAUUUCUGGUUUCUUUAGCUAUGACGAAGUCAAAGUUGGUGACCGAGUUGUGAAGGAUCAGGAAUUUAUUGAGGCAACUAGAGAGCCUAGUAUUACUUUUUUAGUGGCAAAGUUUGAUGGUAUAUUAGGACUUGGAUUUCAAGAGAUUUCAGUUGGGAAUUCUGUUCCUCUGUGGUACAACAUGGUUGAACAGGGUCUUGUUCAAGAACAAGUCUUUUCAUUCUGGCUCAACCGUAAAGCAGAGGACGAAGAAGGGGGUGAAAUUGUCUUUGGUGGUGUAGAUCCAAAUCAUUACAAGGGCGAGCACACUUAUGUUCCUGUGACACGCAAAGGUUAUUGGCAGUUUGACAUGGGUGAUGUUCUUAUCAGUGAUAAACCUACCGGAUAUUGUGCUGGUGGUUGUUCAGCUAUUGCAGAUUCUGGCACUUCCCUGCUGGCAGGUCCAACGACUGUGAUUACUAUGAUAAAUCAAGCAAUUGGAGCUUCUGGAGUUGUUAGUCAGCAAUGCAAGACAGUUGUUGAGCAGUAUGGACAAUCAAUUAUUGAUUUGCUUGUAGCUGAGGUAAACCCAAUGAAGAUCUGCUCUCGGAUUGGAUUGUGCACCUUCGAUGGUUCCCAUGGUGUCAGUAUGGGCAUUGAGAGUGUCGUGGAUCAGAGCAGUGGUAAAGUGUCUCAUGGAAUUCAUGAUGCCAUGUGUCCUGCUUGUGAGAUGGCUGUUGUAUGGAUGCAAAACCAGAUAAAGCAGAAUCAGACGCAAGAUCACAUCUUGGACUAUGUCAAUGAGCUUUGUAACCGGAUGCCAAGCCCUAUGGGAGAGUCUGCUGUGGACUGUGGGCGUGUUUCUUCCAUGCCGAGUGUUUCCUUCACAAUUGGCAGAAAGAUUUUUAAGCUUUCCCCUCAAGAGUACAUACUUAAGGUGGGUGAGGGUUCUGCUGCUCAGUGCAUCAGCGGCUUUACGGCUUUGGAUGUUCCUCCUCCUCGUGGACCUCUCUGGAUCCUGGGGGAUGUCUUCAUGGGUCGCUACCAUACCGUCUUUGAUUAUGGCAAACUGAGAGUUGGAUUUGCAGAGGCAGCAUGAAGAAGCUACUCCUGGCUAUCAUCUUUUCAUUCCCUGUUUAAUGUCUGCCUUCCAUAAGCUUGACAAACUGAAUUGAUGGAAUGUUAAGGUGCUUGUAUAUAUAUUCGCUUGUGUAUUUGAAUGGUUUAAUAUGUUUGUCAUGGAAUUUCAUAAUAUCGUUUUGUUGAUC